AAAAUGACAGUGGUCUACUGCUGCAUUCAACAGCAGUAGCCAAGCACUAAUAAAUAAUAGUUCGUUUGAAAGUAGAUAAUAAGAAACAAAGUAACAGUGCACACAUUUACCUAUCAAGAUUGCCAACGAGCAUAAUUGCCUUUAGUAAAUAUACAGUUCUAUUUACUAAAUUAAACAAUGUUAGAUCAAGUUCUUGAAGAGUGGGAGGAACUUAAUGCUGAUUUUAAACAAUUAGAAAUAGAUAAUAAAACAUAUCUUCAACAAUUAAAUGAAUUAACUAGUAUACAAAAAAAAUGCGUAAAUCACAUUUCUCAUCAACGUUAUCGAAUUGGAGUUUUGUCCAAAUCUUUAAGGGAGUUAAAAAAACAAGGAGACGAUCCUAAAAUAGCGGACAUGAAAAGUAACAUUAUGACUAGGAAAGCACAAUUAUUUGAUAUCGAACAAACGUUACCAAAACAAAACGGCAUUUAUUUAAAAAUUAUAUUAGGAAAUGUUAAUGUUUCCAUACUCGAUAGAGAUGAAAAAUUCAAAUAUAAGGACGAAUACGAAAAAUUUAAAUUAAUCUUGAGCAUUAUUGGAAUAGUUAUGGCAGCACUAAAUUUUCUAGUUAGAUUCAGACCUCUGGAACUGAGUUAUAUAUUUUUAUUGGUGUGGUAUUAUUGCACUUUAACCAUCAGAGAAAGUAUACUGAAGGUUAAUGGUUCUCGAAUAAAGGGAUGGUGGAGGCUGCAUCAUUUUUUGUCGACAGUAGCUGCUGGAAUUUUACUAAUUUGGCCAGACAAUGAAACUUGGUCGUUGUUCAGGAACCAGUUUAUGGCAUUCAACAUUUAUAUAAGUUUAGUUCAAUAUUUGCAAUUUCGAUAUCAGAGAGGGGUUUUAUAUAGAUUAAAAGCUCUCGGCGAACGACACAACAUGGACAUAACCAUCGAAGGUUUCCAUUCGUGGAUGUGGAGAGGAUUAAGUUUCUUGUUACCAUUUUUAUUUAUAGGUUAUAUAUUCCAAUUGUACAACGCGUACGCGUUGUACGUUUUGAGUUAUACAAUGUCGACUACCUGGCACGUACCCGUAUUAAGUGUGAUGUUUUUAGUACUUUUUAUCGGAAAUACUUUGACUACCAUUUCGGUGAUACCGUCGAAAUUUCACGAAAAAGUUAAAUUGAAAUAUCGAGUGAUGAGUCAGAGAUUUAGUUCGCAAUUAUUAAAUAGGGAGGUGAGAAUUAUUCUAUUAUUAAUUUUUUCUUUAAAAACAUUUUUAUUUAAUUAAUUUUCCUAUUCUACUGUACUCUUCUAUGUUAAUAAAGCGUUUGACGAAGUUUCCAUCGAACCAAUAGAACAUAAUUUCAAAAAAAAAUCAUAGACAAACUUUUGAGAUCCGCUAUAUUAACGAAUUAUGUUUCUGAGUGUAUUUGAUUUACGGUCAUGAUGUAAACAGCUUUCGGAUUUACUCUCGUAUCUUAUUUGGCGUUUUCGGGGUCGUACUGGAUUUAUCGAAUUGGAUUGGUUGAUUUUUGGUUGGCAUUUUUGAACUGGAUUUAAUAAUUAAAAGAAACGAUAAUUCUUUAUAUUCAUAAAAACGUAUCGAAUUCCAUAUACAAAAUAUUUUUUGGUUCUACUUAUCGACUGAUUAAUAUAACCUAACCUAAUCUACAGUAAACUUAAUCUAAUGACAAAAUGGAGUCCGUUACUUAGUGUACUUGAGAACAACAUUUUUUCUCAGUAUACUUCGUUUCCUUUCUCCAUCAAUCCCCCUCCCCAAAUCAUUAAUACGAAUGUAAACCAAUCCGAAAAAACCGGAAGUACUAAUUCGUUAAAUGGAUUUUACGAUUUCGAAAACAUUAAACUAAAAAAAAAAAUUGAACCGGGUAAAUACGGAAGUAUAUUUAUACAAAACGGGUUUCUCGAUCAUUCGGUUCUAGAAAGUAAACAAACAAAUGGGUCCUUUUGGGAAUUGAUUCUAUAAUAACGUAUUGUAUAAAUUAUGAAAACAAUUUUGUCGUUGUUGGAAAUUUGUACCCGGCGCGUCCACCAUAUUUUAUAUUCUAAUUUAUAUUAUCGUAUAGGACCGGCUACACGGUCCGUAACGUGGACGAGUUCGCAACAAAUGUAUGUUUUCGGUUAUUUUAAACUCAAAUUAUUUUGUUUUUCAGUUUUAUUUCAAAAUAGAUUUCACCAAAAAAAAUUUUUGUAGAAUUUCUGGGCUUGUAAUAUUUUUUCUGGUUAUAUUUCGCCUUUGUUUCCUGUAAUAAAUUGAAAAAAAUUGAAUCAUGUGAUUUUUCAAAAAAAAAUUUUUUAAUUUCAGCAGACCGAUGAUACUGAUAGUAAUAAGCAAGAAUAGGGUGGAAAAAUUAUAUAAAUAUUUAGGUAAAAUAUCUUCAACUAGUUGAAUUGUGAUUAUAAUCUUUUUUUUUUAUAUUUUUGUUAUUAUUUUUAAUAUUUUUUUUCUUUUUUCAUGGUUGUCGACUCGAAUGUUUUUUACUGGUAAUCAAAUAUAUUUUGUGAAUUAUAAAAUUAUAUAAUAACAAAUAAAAAUAACUGUAAUUUAUUUUAAUGAUUAUUGAGAAAAUUAAAAUAAUUUUAAAACGU